UGCUGAAACCAGAUUAAAUGAAGUGAAAACCUGGAAUUAUUAAAUGUAUUAUAUAUGAAUUCAAAAUUUAGGUUCUCAGUUGUAUCCUACUAUCCUCAUACGCCUAUUUGGAAUUGAUUCGUUUGGGGCAAUCAUUUAUUGAAGUACACUGUAGAAAGAAGUUUUGCAAACAAUGAACGGAGACUUGCCACCAACAUUUGUACAAGGAUUUCAUGAUGAAGAAGCGGUACGAAAAAUGAAAUAUACACCUUUGGGUGAUACUGGUUUAAUAGUUUCACAAAUUGGUAUUGGAGGUGCUGGUUUCACUAAUUUGUAUGGGAAAUAUAACGAGGAUGAAGUCAUCGCAACAAUUCAUACAGCAUUAAAAAGUGGUAUCAAUUAUAUUGAUACAGCACCUUUCUAUGGAAACGGUUCUUCAGAAGAAAUAUUAGGAAAGGCGUUAAAAACUGUUCCACGUGAAGCAUAUUACAUCGCAACUAAAGUUGCACGUUAUGUAGUUACUAAUCCUGAUAAAUCUGUUGGUGUUAAAUUUGACUAUACUGCUAAAAGCACACUAGAAAGUGUUGAUCAAAGCUUAAAAUUACUUGGAAUGAAUGCAGUUGAUAUUAUUCAGAUUCAUGAUAUUGGAUUUUCAGAAAAUCUAGAUAUAGUUUUAAAUGAGUGUUUACCAACUUUGGAAGAAGUUGUUAAAAAAGGAAAAGCAAGAUUUAUAGGAGUUACAGAUUAUUCACUUUCCACACUAAAGGAGUGCAUACAACGGAGUAAAGUGAAAAUUUCUUCAAUUCUUAAUUAUGCACGAUUUACACUUACCGAUGAUGCUUUAAGUGAAUAUUUAGAAUUCUUUAAGAAAAGAAAUGUGGGCGUAAUAAAUGGUGCUGUUCAUCAAAUGGGAAUGUUAACAAAUUUUGGACCUCAGCCAUGGCAUCCAGCUCACGAAAAAACAAAACAAAUCUGUAAGCAGGCUGGUGAUUACUGCAAGACACAUGGAGUAGAACUAGGCCAGUUAGCUUUGUAUCAUGCAUUAACAAAACAACCUGGCCCCGCUGUUCACUUGAUUGGAUUGAACAAUCGAAAUAUAUUAAAAUUUAACUUAGAUAUCGUUCACAACUCACUUAGUGAUAAACAUUUAGAAAUUUUGAAAGACAUCAAUCAAAAAUUCCUCUCAAAAGUGGAGCAUCGAAACUGGGAAGGAGUUGAAAAAGAAGCUCUUCGUAAGGGAACUGCAUUAAAAUAUUAAUGUUAUUAUAUUACUUGCCUCCUUGUUGUGAAAUAAAGAUGCACAGAUAUUUCAAGUUUAACGGUUGUUAAAUGCUACUUUUAUUAAUAAUGGGGCUGCUAAAUUAGCAUUUUUCAAUAAAAUUUCGAAAGCACACAUAGUAAAUAAAAACAAUUGGCAAUAUAAUAUAUUGCCUCCGUAUCUACCAUUUGUUAUUAUAAACAUUGUUAUUGUUUUUACUUGUUUCAAGCUAAAUGGGACAGUCUGUAUAAAAUCUGUAAUGCAAAAGAUAAAACUAGUCAAGUUUUUUUAAAGCAAAAUAAUAAAACCUAUCUUUGAAGACUGGCAAGAAAUGAUCGUCCGUAAAAAUCUUAUAUAGAUACGCCGUUAGCAAAUCUGUGUAUCAUUCCUUUAGGCUUAUUAUUUGAAUUAGAUAGUUCUGCUUAAUAAUGUAAAAUUAAUAUUAAAUAUAAACGGUUUUAAACUAACUUUUAUUAAACCAAUUGUUAAUAGUUCUGGACUAUGAUAAAAAUAUUAUAUAAAAAAACUUACCUAACUAAAUUUU